GUUUUGAGGGAGGCACGUUUUGUUGACGUGGGGGAAGAAGACGUGUUGGGUUAGACUUGGUCGCUCAUUUCCUGCACCACAGGCGGUUUAAGAGUAGGUGCUCUGAAUUUGCAGGUCAUUUUUCUGGUGCGUUUGUGGAAAUCGUGGCUGCAGAGGAGCGAUAAUGAAGCGGACGGCGGAAGACGGAAAGGAAGAAAUCAAUGGGGAGGGAAAGCGAGGUCGCACAGAAAGCGAUGUGGAGGAUUUCUUUGCGCUGCUGGAACGAAUCAGGCAGGCCGAGAAGCAAUUGGGCGUCGAGCAAAAGUUUCGUCGCCCCGAGGCACCGGCGGUAAUGUCGAAGCCCGCAUGGCAUCUGUCGUUCGAGUGGGAGGAUUUUUCCGGCGCCCGCCAUGCGGAUCCGAAGGAAGGACUUGGGCUUGAAAAUGGUAACAGAAAUUGUAAUAUUUGUCCGAAAUGGCGGCCUGUCUGUGUGGAUCCGAAAAAGGGUAACAGAGAGAUGCUGGAUCUCAAUUUGCCCUCAAAUUUCUACUGAAAUUUGUGAUUAGACGGGCUAUUGUGGUUGUGGGUAGUGAUCCAAAUUUGCAACACCAAUCGGAUUUGCUACUGUAACAGAUUUUUGGGUUCUGAUGAUGGUGCUUUUUACUGUAACAGUUUUUUUGUUCUGAUGGUGUUUUGUGGAAUGAGGAUCACCCUUUUCAUAAUAUGCAGGCCUAGGAUUUCCGUC